UCUGCCACCAAAGAGCGGUGUAGCAGCUAUAUAUCGGUUGUCCUUUCGUGAGCAAACUCAACAACCCCCACCCACUACUUCUCCCAUGUCCAACGAAGAAGAUAUCGGAACAUUGAUAGUCGUCGUACUCAAGGCGCGAAAUCUCAACGACAAACAUUUCUACAAGCAGGAUGUCUAUGCCACUGUUAAUCUGAACGGCAUCAAAAAGCGCACCAAGGUUGACGUGAAGGGAGGACAACAUCCCGAAUGGGACGAAGAGAUCAGAUUUCCGAUCAUGAAGAACCAGUCUACGAAAUACAGGAAACUCGAGACUCAGUGCUGGUCCAAAGAACACAGAGAUGAUGAUUUAUUAGGCGAAGGAAGCGUAGACAUUUCAGACACGUUAAAGACGGGCGAAUUUGAUGAAUGGGUGCCCUUAACAGUCGACGGCGUGGUGCGAGGAGACAUUUACCUCGAAAUGACUUUCUACAGCAAAACACCUGCACCGGUAGCAUCCCAGACAAUGGCUCCCAAACACAACCUCUCAGUACCCGUCAACUCUAGUUUGUUGCAGAGACGACCAUCCAAGUUGUCACCUUCUGAACGACUUUCACGUCCACCUCAGAACAGUUAUUCCGCCAAUGCAAAUUACAACAAGAAGACUCCACCAAGGACUCCACCGAAAGAUAACUACAGUGCUCUGCCACCUGUUUCCAACAGUCAGGCAUCCGUACCAAGCACUCUGAAACCUGGGCUCGCGAGCCCUGCCAGACCACAACAAUCAUCAUCAUAUCAACCUCCUCCAGCUUCACAUUUACAACCUGCAGCUACAUCGGUAGCUCAUCAAAGAAUUCCUUCCAUUCUCAGACCAGCGAAUCCAAAGGCUGCACCCGAACCAGUAUCUACCCAUUCUGUUUUCCCUUCAGCAUCUACAUCGGGAUACUCUCAACAAACCAACGCGCCCACCCCCCAAGAAUUUCCGUCGCACUCGCAUUAUAAUUCCUCCACCUCUUAUCUCCCAUCCGCUACGAAUCGUGUUUCAUCUCCCUCAACUCCCAAUGAACCCUGGGGAAGCAGUCAGUAUCCUCCUUCCAAUUACCAACCAGAAGCCCCAAUCUCGUUUUCUUUCCCUGUACCCGCCGUCGUCACUUCCUCAAUAUCUCCUCCUCCCCAAUCCACCACACCUUUCGAUCACUACCAUUACCAUCGCCAGCGCACUAGUAGUUAUGUCGAACCUGGAAACUUCAACUCACCUUCGCCGGCGCCUUCCAAAUCAGCUCCUCAACCUACUCCAGCCCCAGACCUCCCCGACCCGUAUUUAAUCGCUCGAUACCAAACCCCACUUCCCCUACCACCAGGUACAGACCCUCGCUCCUCCUCCCCUUCCCACCAACAACCCAUCCAUAACCGUACACACAACCUACCGACUCCUCCAUCACCUUCAUCCCCUAGCCUUCCCGUGCCCGCCAUAACGCCACCAGCCAGACAACCCACCCCAGUAGACGAAGAGCGCCUCAGAGUACUCCGUCAAGCUGAACUGGAAGUUGCCCGACGCAAAGAACAAGAAGAGCGAGAUGCUGAGCUAGCUCGUCAACUCGACAGAGAUUUAGCUGUAGAGCAAGAGAGACCUCCUCCUCCCUUUCCUAGAAAAACGCCAUCUCCUGUACGAGAAGACCCGGCGGCCAUUGCUAGGCGGAUAAAGGCGGAGGACGAAACUCGAAGACGUGAGCAAGAGGAAAGAGACUUGGAACUCGCGCGACAGCUGGAUCGCGAGCUCAAUUUGGCGGAGUCAGGUUCCCCGCGAAUGCCAGGGGGCAUGUAA